AUGUGGGAACCCGAUAUUUCUCAAAUGCGAGAUGCCAAUAUUUCAUACGUGCGUGUAAACGAGUUCGACUGGGCCGUCCUAGAGCCUGUCGAGGGACAGUACAAUUUCACUCUUCUCGACAAGACUCUGGACCUGAUUGAUCGAUACCAGCUCAAAGCAAUCAUCGGGACACCAACGGCAGCUCCACCUAACUGGCUUACUGAAAAGUACGACAUCAGCUUUGUGGACUACACCAAUACUACAAAGGUCUUUGGCUCGCGCCGAUACUAUAGCACAUCCUCGCCUGACUACCGUCGGUUAAGUCAGAAGAUCACACAAAAGCUGGCACAGCGCUAUGGUAGCCAUUCCGCUGUGGCAGGCUGGCAACUGGACAACGAGUUCGGAUGUCAUGAUACCGUGCAGAGCUACGAUCAUAAUGCCAUCAAGCGAUUUCAGACAUGGCUGCAGGAGAAAUACGGCACUGUCGAAAAUCUCAACGCGGCCCAGGGCCGUGUGUUCUGGUCAAAUCAGUAUAUCAACUUUGAUGUGAUUCAUCCUCCGUUUCUAGAAGUCUACACACCACCACCUAGCCAUCGCCUCGAGUGGUACUUAUUCAGUUCAGAUAUGAUGAUUGAAUUUGCGCAGGAGCAAUUGAAGAUUCUGAGACAAUAUGCACCAACGCACUUCAUCACACAUAACUUUAUGAUGGACUUUACCAGCUUCGACCACUUCAAGUUUUCGCGAGAUGUGGGACUCGAUCUUGUAACCUUUGACGAGUAUCCUCUUGCUGGUCUGGAUUCAUUAUCGUGGCUCUCCCAGGAAGAACAAAUAAAAUACCUACACACCGGUCUACCGGAUUGGCAGGCGCUGCACCAUGCCCUUUAUCGUGGUGUUGCUGGUGCUGCCUACAACAAAACUUCCGGGCCAUUUGGGAUCAUGGAGAUGCAGACCGGCGUGUUAAACUGGAGUCCCUACCGGGUAUCUCCUUUGAGCGGCAUGGUACGACUUUGGACUCACGAAACGUUCGCAGAUUUGGGCGACAUGGUGUCAUAUUUCCGCUGGCGUCAGGUUCCGUACGGGGCAGAGCAAACGCUCUCCGGCUUAUUUACCUCAGAUGAUUUCGCAGAUGAAGGCUUCAUCGAGAUUCAGUCUUUUGCAAAUGAGGAUUUGCCUAAGUUAGUGGAAGCACUUGAUAGCGACAAUGGUCAAGAACAGCACGCGGAUAUCGCUCUUAUUUUCGAUUACGUUUCUUCCCAGGUUUGGGACAUCGAACCGUAUAGCGGGACGUGGAGUCCUGCAGAUAACAGCUAUACGGACCCAGCUGUCAAGUACAUCGACAUCGUCUUUAAAUUCUAUUCUGCUCUCCGUCGCCUGGGUCUUUCUGUCGAUGUAAUCAGCCCUGAACAACCGAUUCAGGACUACAAACUCGUCAUCGUUCCAAGUCUACCAAUAAUCCCCGAAGCAUUCGACCAAUCACUAGCUAACUACAGCGGCCCUGUCGUCUUUGGGCCACACACCGGUUCUAAAACAUCUACGUUAAGUUAUGCGCCUGGCCUCAACCCCUCGCAAGGGCCACUCCGCAGCCAUCUACCACUGAGAGUCACUCGCGUAGAAACGCCACCAGGCUACGCAGUUAGCGGGGUUUCAUACGGGGGAAAGACAUACAACAUCUCAGGCUGGGAAGAGUGGGUAGUCUGCGCACGAGAAAACCGCACGAGCACCGAGACAAUGGCAUAUACCUCACCCCACCACCCUGGGAAGCCUGCAGCCUGCUCCAAAGACGGCUUACACUACCUUGGUUUCAAUCCUUCCAUCGAUCUGCUCGUGUCGUAUCUAGGCGAUGUCGCUCAGGACGCAAAUAUUACUGACUUUGCGGGGCGACAAGCUAGUGCUCGCAAUGACCUAGGACCGAACUUGCGGUUUGCGAAACGGGGGGACUUACUCUGGGGAUUCAACUAUGGCCUAGAAGCUGCAAGUGUUCCAGCCAUUGAGGACGCUGAGCUGCUGAUUGGUAGGAAUGGUUCGAAGAUUGCGUCGGCGGAUGUCGCUGUCUGGAGACUGAAGAAUGAAGACGCUUAA